AUAGCUAACAGACGAUCUUUGUAUCCCUAUUGAUGAAAAAUAUUGAUAAAGCGGAGCAAACUUGUAAUUUACGAAAAAAAUAAAAAUAAUCGUAAUAACGCAAUAAAGUCGUAAUGGAUUCCUGCCAAACAAGGGACGAACAGGAAGAUACACCUAUUACAUUGCACACACGAACUACAAAUGGUAAUAAACGUAAACGUCGAUGUUCCCAAAUUUCAAAUGAAGAUGAUCAGACACCGUACAAGAAGACAACACCUAACGAAGAUAAUGUAGACAAACAAAGCGUAGAAAGUAAAAUUCCGCUGAUAAAUGCAAGUGCUGAAAACAAUGAAGACGAUGCAACUAAUAAAUCCAAUAGUACAACUUACUAUGAUGAAGACCAGUUCUCGUUGGAACACUUUUGUGAUGAGUUGCUAUAUGAAGUCUUUAAAUUUCUGGAUACCUGGUCGUUGAUGACAUUAAUGAACGUUAGUAAGCGAUUCCAGAAAUUUGUAUUAGAUAAGAGACUGUGGGAAGAUAUCGACCUCAGUCAAGAGCCUUUGCCUCUUGGUAUCCUGGAAGAUAUGCUAGAGCGUUCACACGAGAAAACACGCAGUAUUAAAUUGAGGGGACCAUCACCCUCUCAACACAUAGAGGGAGAAAUACAGCAUUUUAACAUAACACUGCGUAAUUCAUUGACUACAAGGUGUACAAAACUACUGACAUUGGAAUUAUUUGGGGUAACAUUGGAUUUUAAUUUGCUAACAUUUAGUGACUUCCCAAAGACACUAAAACGACUGGUUCUUAACAACUGCCAUGUACGAGUCGACCCCAGCAAAUCAAUUUUUACUGGCGUUGAUGCCAUUUUGACUAAUUUAGACGAGUUAGCGAUAGAGAAAAACAGUUGGUUUGACCCUUACUAUGUGAUGCCUAUAUCGAAGUUACCUGCACUUAGAUAUUUAAGUUUGAAAGGUUGUAGCCAGAUGCAAGAGUUUAUUCCAUAUGGAAGUAUAGCUGGACGUCAUGGAUUUAAACAAUUGGAGGUGCUUGAUUUGAGUAACACUCCUUUGAAUGACUCCGACUUGCAAUGUUUUAAUGCGGUGGAAACUCUAAAAGAAAUUUACCUUCAAUGUCCGGAAUCGGAUGAAACGCAGACAGUUUCUACAUCGUCCUCCAAAAGAAUUCCAAUUUCUAAUGGAACAUCAAUAACUAAAACCACUCUAGAAGAACAAGAACCUUCAACGUCUUCAAAAGCUCCAGUCACAAACAAAGAUCUGGAUGAUUCACCUUCAACAUCAUCAUCAUCAUCAAAUUCGUCUCUAUCAUCUGGUACUGAUGUCGAAACAUCAUCACCACAGUCAUCAAACAGAAAUAGCCAGAGCGAUACGAAUGUAUCUUCGGUAUCAAAUAAUGCCUCAGCUAAUGUCAUACCAAUAGUAGGUAGUAAUGCCCCAACAGUUAGCAGAUUUUUACCACGGCCAGAUCACAUUAUUUGCCUUGAUCUACGCAAUCGCACAUCGCCUAAUGCUGUUCACAUAAAUAUUAAUGUUAGGGAUCGUAGCAACUUUAGGCAUUUGAUAAUGCCCGGUCAGCAACCAGGUAAUCAACAACAGCAACAGAAUCAACAAUCACCACCACCGGCCUUUGAACAAAUGAUUAGACAUAAUCUCUUUUGGGAUAUCAUAAAUCCUCUUGGACGUGUAACAGGUGGUGGUGGUCCAGAUCGACUAUUCGGCGAAGAGAAUGAAAUGGAAUUUGGGGCAGGAAAUCAUGAUCCAUUUAGCAUUUUAUCAAGACGACCUAUACAACGAGGUAGUAUAUCUGAUCGUGGCGUAUGUUGUUUCGGUCGUACCCGUCAACCAGUCCAUCAUGGAGUUAUCUGGAUACGUUUUAAUAAUCGUCCGAGUGAAAAUCGUUUUGAGAGGUUUAGCGUUCGUGAUUAUAAAUACGUUACAGACGUUUCACUACAACACUUGGUACAGUGUUCGCCAAAUCUUGUAUUUUUGGACGUCAGUGGUACAAGUGUAACAUUAGACGGUAUUAAACGUUUUAAGGAAUUGAAACCUGAGUGUAAAUUGGUGGCGGAACACAUAGCAGGGGCAAGCGUUCUUUGAAACCUCUAAAGUGCAAUGGCUAUAUAAUGCUGAUGAUAUGCAUUUAUAUCUUGAUAUAUACUUGUAGUGAAUGCGUAGAAAGAUCGUAAGUCCAACGUACGGCUCAAUGUCUACCUGUAAUCAAAUGUAAUUGAAUAUUUUACUUUCCUCAUCAUACAUUACAACAAUGUAAGGAAUAGUUUAGCAAUAUAAAAAUUAUCUGAAGCAUCGGCAAUGCCACCGCAGAGUGGAAAUUCAAUUGUGCCCUCACAAACAAACUUACUGUGAUUACCGAGAAAUAGUUUGCUGUUGUGAUGGCAUGGAAUACACAACAACAAAUUGUAAUGAAAUACCUAAGUGAAUGCCUAUUUAUUUCGGAAUCUGAGUUAUAUGUUCGUUGCUUCCCUCUGUAUCAAUUAUAUAUCUCCAUAUUUUAUUUGAUCUAAUAAUUUAUAUAUAUUAAUUCUUAAUAGUUUGUAGUCUGUAUUCAUGUAUGUCUUCUCCUAACAAUACAAUAAAGCAAACAAAAAGGAUUUAAAUCCUUUGUGCAA